CCUGGGGGGAGGCGGGCAGAAGCAAGAGGACGAGACCAGGCUCGAUCCCCCUAGACCGGGGGUGCCUCUCUCGGCUUCGGAAGCUGCGCGCCGCGACCGGGGGGCUCCUUCUCGUGGCCGGCGGGCGGCGGCAGCGGCUGCGAUUCGCAGGCUCGAGAUCCGUUGCCCUGAGCUCCGCUGCCCGCGACUUACCUCCUGGCACCUCGAAGCGCGAGGGUCAGGGGAGCUUUGCAAAUAGCAGGAGGGAGUGGACGCAAGGAGGUGGCGGUGAAAAGGGCGAGAAGAGGCGAAGGGAAAGGAAAGAACCGAGCCGGGGAGCCGGGCUGGCAGCAGCCGCGGGAGGAAUCUGAGCGUGCAGCCGGCGCGGGGGGAGCGGUGGCCGGCGCGGGGGGAGCGGCGGCCGCCGCGGAGGAGGCGGCGGCAGCGGGGCGGACGCCUGCAGCUGGGUAGCUGCGCGCGGCGCGGCGGUGGCUGGCAGCGCGCGGCUAUGCGGGCCCCGAGGCUGGACUGCUGAACUCACUCAGCUCCACCGGCGGACUCGAACUGGGAGGGGGCGCCAGCGCACCCAGGACGCGGUGCCCCAAGGGACCCCACUCUAAGCUGCAAACUGAAGCAGCCCCCCCAUCCCCCGCCUCCCGGGCCAAACACAACACCGCACCCGUUCGCAGCUGCCACCCCGGGUGUUCCAAAGUCUCCGGCAAAGAUCUGCGCCUCCCGGGUCCCCCACCCGCCAACCCGACUGCUCCGCAUCGCCGCCGCUGGCCCCAGUCAGACUCCGCUCUGCAGUCGGCUUCAUCGAACUCGAUUUCUCACCUCCUCAGCCCCAUCACCUCCAUCUCCUUUCCCCCGUCUCGCCUCCACCCCCCCAAUUUCCUCCUCCUCGCCCCUCAUUUCCACCCUCCUCCCCCUCCCCCGGCCACUUCGCUAACUUGUGGCUGUUGUGAUGCGUAUUCCCGUAGAUCCGAGCACCAGCCGGCGCUUCAGCCCCCCCUCCAGCAGCCUGCAGCCCGGCAAGAUGAGCGACGUGAGCCCGGUGGUGGCUGCGCAGCAGCAGCAGCAACAGCAGCAACAGCAACAACAGCAGCAGCAGCAACAGCAGCAACAGCAGGAGGCGGCGGCGGCGGCGGCGGCAGCGGCGGCGGCGGCAGCAGCGGCCGCGGUACCCCGGUUGCGGCCGCCGCACGACAACCGCACCAUGGUGGAGAUCAUCGCUGACCACCCGGCCGAGCUCGUCCGCACCGACAGCCCCAACUUCCUGUGCUCCGUGCUGCCCUCGCAUUGGCGCUGCAACAAGACCCUGCCCGUGGCCUUCAAGGUGGUAGCCCUCGGAGAGGUACCAGAUGGGACUGUGGUUACUGUCAUGGCGGGUAACGACGAAAAUUAUUCUGCUGAGCUCCGAAAUGCCUCUGCUGUUAUGAAAAACCAAGUAGCAAGGUUCAACGAUCUGAGAUUUGUGGGCCGGAGUGGACGAGGAAAGAGUUUCACCUUGACCAUAACUGUCUUCACAAAUCCUCCCCAAGUAGCCACCUAUCACAGAGCUAUUAAAGUUACAGUGGAUGGACCUCGGGAACCCAGAAACCCCAGGCAGGCACAGUCUUCCCCACCGUGGUCCUAUGACCAGUCUUACCCCUCCUACCUGAGCCAGAUGACGUCCCCAUCCAUUCACUCUACCACCCCGCUGUCUUCCACACGGGGCACUGGGCUUCCUGCCAUCACCGACGUGCCCAGGCGCAUUUCAGAUGAUGACACUGCCACCUCUGACUUCUGCCUCUGGCCUUCCACUCUCAGUAAGAAGAGCCAGGCAGGUGCUUCAGAACUGGGCCCUUUUUCAGACCCCAGGCAGUUCCCAAGCAUUUCAUCCCUCACUGAGAGCCGCUUCUCCAACCCACGAAUGCACUAUCCAGCCACCUUUACUUACACCCCGCCAGUCACCUCAGGCAUGUCCCUCGGUAUGUCCGCCACCACCCACUACCACACCUACCUGCCACCACCCUACCCCGGCUCUUCCCAAAGCCAGAGCGGACCCUUCCAGACCAGCAGCACGCCAUAUCUCUACUAUGGCACCUCGUCAGGAUCCUAUCAGUUCCCCAUGGUGCCGGGGGGAGACCGAUCUCCUUCCAGAAUGCUUCCGCCAUGCACCACCACCUCGAAUGGCAGCACGCUAUUAAAUCCAAAUUUGCCUAACCAGAAUGAUGGUGUUGACGCUGAUGGAAGCCACAGCAGUUCCCCAACCGUUUUGAAUUCUAGUGGCAGAAUGGAUGAAUCUGUUUGGCGACCAUAUUGAAAUUCCUCAGCAGUGAGUGGCCCCAGUGGUAUGUGGGAGCCACAUCCCAAAUGUAUCAAUAUAUACAUAUAUAGAGAGAGUGCAUAUAUAUGUAUAUCAAUUAGCUAUCUACAAAGUGCCUACUUUUUAGAAGAUUUUUUUUUCAUUCACUCAACGAUCUUGCAACCAUAAGAGGGGUAGAUACUGAGAAGCAAAAGGCCCAAGAGAGACGAUCAUAAUCAGGUUUCAGAUUGUUUUUCUGUUUUUCUUUAAAUAGAAAAAAAAAAAAGCCGUACUUUUACAAGCAGAGGAAAAAGGUAUUUUUGUUGCUGUUGUCGCUUGGUCUGUUAUAAAUAACUUGUUCAUAUGCCAAUUCAGAGAGGUGGACUCCAGGUUCAGAGGGAAGAGCAAAGCCGCUUCCUCUGUGUGCUUUGAAACCACACAUCCUCACGGUUGCAGCUGUGUAUGGACUCGUGCACUCUGCAGACCAGCUUACAAAGCCAGUCGAGGUGCACGUAAAGGGAAAAGAGGUAGAAUGGACGUUUCCAUUACAGUAUAACUGUUCCAAACUUUGCUUUCAGACUUGCUCUAAGUCUUCAUUUGGACGGUUUGGUUCAGUUUUUUUUUUUUUUUCCUACUUUGAGAAAGUGACUUCAAAAAUACUGAUCAGGAUAGGUUAUUUUAUUUUACUUUUUUAUACUUUCCUCCCCUCCCUUGUCCCAUUUCACCAAAAAAAGAAAUACCAUCCCGAAACCUCCCCUCUUCUCCUUUUAUGCAAAACUGAAAAUGGCAAUAUCUUGUUAUAGCCAUCAUGGUAUAGAUAGUGUUUGUGUUUGGCUGUGUGUUAUUUUUCUUUUUUUUUUUUAAAUUAUGAAUAUGUGUAAAAUCUGAGGUAACUUGCUAAGUGAAUGGUCAUAUAACUUUAAAGAUAUAUUUAUAAUUAUUUAAUGACAUUUGGACCCUUGAAACAUUUCUUAGUGUAUUGAUAUGUUGACUUCGGUCUCUAAAAGUGCUUUUUAUUAAAUAACAAAUUUCUUCCGUGGGCUAGAGCCAUACCUGAAAUAUUGCUAAGCAAUUUCAGUUCAUCCAGGCACAAUGUGAUUUUUUAAAAUACUUCCAUCUCCAAAUAUUUUAGAUGUAGCUCGUUUUUGUGAUGUAUGAAGGAAAUGUUAUGUUUAGUUCUUCCAGAUCUUCGAUUGCCUCUAACACAGCUUUGCCUUUUAAAGCAAUAAUUAGGGAUUAAAAACAAAAAAACAAAAAAAGCCCCAACUCUUUAUCACGUAUGUUGCCCUUUGUCAGCAUGAAAUGCUGGAGUGAUGUGGUUUCCUCGUUUCUUUCAAAUAACAAUGACUCUUGUCAUAUUAAAAAGACAAGCACAAGGGACUCGUUGAACUGCAGAAAAAUGUUCUGUGGUUUCAUCGCUAAAGUAGAACUCUAAAUUGCCAGGCUUCAAAGUGAAGAUGUAGUGAGCUUAAAGCCACACGUGUGGCUUGAAGGAGCCAUCAUGAUACACAUAGUACAGAAAAGCAACAUUGCACCAGAGAUCCUUAACCAGCCUGCCUUACCUAACAGUAGGUCGGGGUAACCCACAUCUGCCUUUCUCAAGGCCCCACGCAGACUCUCCACAGAAUUUGCAUUUAAAGGAGCAGAAUUAAGUCACUGCCUUCUGGGAACAGGGUCACCUGAAAUAGCAGGCGAGAUCCAGCAGAUAGCUGAUGGGCGAGAACACAGCCUGUGGGGUCCCACCUACAACCUUAGACAUUCUCAUCUCCUGCCUUGGAGGGGAAGGGGAAGGUAAGGCCAUGUGGAGUUUGGUGUCUACUACUGUGUAUGAACUUGAGCUGACGCCCUUCCGUAGGAUGCACUUUGACCACUCCUGGCGGCCACAUGGCAAAUCCUCCAGCGUGAAUCCUUAAUCCAAGCCAGGACCGGUUAAUGACACUGCCAGGCAGAUCCCUGACCUCCUCACCUCCCCCACAGGUCAGGGCCCUUUCAUUUGAAUUCUAUGCCUUCUCCCCACCCGCUUCCCGCCACCCCGCCUUCCCCCCUACCCACCAUUUAGCAGAACUUUAUGUAGAGAUUUGCCCCAGCCCACAGAGAACCCUCACUCUCUCCAGUCAUUCUCAAGCCCACCUUACUAGGCCACCAACCAAUGCAGGACAGCUUGCGGGGCACUCGGACCCGCGCUCCUUUUGCCUGGGAGUCCCCCGUGGAAUGAAUUCCUCCUGACUCCUAAUCAAAAUUGAGGGGAAACCAAACCAAACCAAAACACUUUGCCUUCUAAAGGUUGUAUACCAAGUAUGCUUAGAUAAAUAAGCCACUUUUCUAUUACUUAAGUAAGAUGGAAGUAGUAAUUGCUACUAUUUAUUGUUUGUGUGUGGUAGCUUGAAGCACGCCACUGUCCAUUUAUUUGUAAGUGUAAAACGUGUGUGUUUGUUUCAGCAGCACUUAAAAAAGCCAGUGUCUGGUUACACAUUUCAGUUUUAAUUAAUUGACAUGAAAAUGUUACCGCCAGUGCCAGCUGUACCCUAUUUAAUAAAAAAAGGUACUAUAUUUGUACGUUAUUUUCUAAUGUUAAAGGGCUUUUUUAAGUUUACAGUACACGUACUAAGUGACUUUAGGGAUGCUUUUGUGUUGAAGUGUUAUUAUAGUGGCUGCAGGCAGCAACCCAGAAACACUUAAAAAUUUUUUUUCUUGGGAAAAAUUCAAGCACAUCUUCCUUCUACCCUCACUCUAACCACUCCAAUGGGGUAAUUCAUGUUUUGGGAUCAAAUCCUGCCCUUUUUUGGCCUAGGGGUUAAAUUUUUCUUUUAUCUUUUUUUUUUUUUUUUCCCUUAACAGAACCCUUACUUUGCACUGGGUCAUGUGUAUGAUUUGUGAUUUCAAGACCAAAGCAAAGCCUUACUACUACUGCUAUGGAAUCACGUAUUAGCCUACCCUCAAUUUCCUUCAGGUUAAAAGAGCAUGGCUCUUCAUGUAGCAUAAACCUUGCUGGAGUUUAGACAGCGUGACCAACUCAGCCACUUUUUUUUUUUUUACUUUUUUUAUCUGUUUCAGUUGUCUCACAAAUUUUAACCAAUGUCAGAGCUCCAGAACAGGUACCACAGCUUUGGUUUUAGAUCAGUGGCAUGACAUCCCGCCUGAAACCGAGAGACUCAACAGAUUAGCUGUUGUUUGUUCUUUCGACUGUCUUACCCCACCAGGACCUUUUAUACACGAGCAGAGAAAUCCACACCCUUAGGGACCAACCGUUGCAAAUUCGGAGGGGAGGAGAUGUGUGUGCUGGCUUAAAGAGCGCCCUCCAUUCCCAGGAAAGGGACUGACUCAGAGUCUAGGUUAAUACAUGGAAACACAAAGCAUUAUUAGCAAAAACAAUAAUUAUAUCUAUGAUGUCCGAAAGAACCAUCGUAAAUAACAUAAAUAGAAGACGACUCUUCCAAACCUUGAAUUUGUGUUCUUAAAAAGAUAAUGCAUUUAAAAAAUAUUUUCUAUGUGAGAAUUUUUUAGAUGUUUGUUUACUUCAUGUUUACAAAUAACUGUUUGCUUUUUUACUGCAGUACUUUGAAAUAUAUCAGCCAAAAAUCAUAACUUACAGUAAUUUCUUAGGUAUUCUGAAUAAAAUUCCAUUUUUUUUUGGAUAUGCUUUACCAUUCUUAGAUUUCUGUGGAACAAAAAUAUUUGUAGCAUUUUGUGUAAAUACAAGCUUUUCAUUUUUAUUUUUUCCAAUCGCUAUUGCCCAAGAUUUGCUUUCCAUGCACAUAUUGUACAAAUUCUGCUUUGUGCCACAGGUCAUGAUUGUGGAUGAGUUUACUCUUAACUUCAAAGGGACUAUUUGUAUUGUAUGUUGCAACUGUAAAUUGAAUUAUUUGGCAUUUUUCUCAUGAUUGUAAUAUUAAUUUGAAGUUUGAAUUUAAUUUUCAAUAAAAUGGCUUUUUUGGUUUU